AACUUGUCGCGCCUCGGAUGCGAGGCUGACAUCUGACCACUGUACUAGCCCGUAGGCUAAAGGCGGGCAGAAAAGGAAAAUUAUAUGUUCAUGGUAGUUAUGUAUACCGAUGCUCAAAGACUUUUUAGACUCUUGUUACAGAGCAAGGGAAGUGUUGGCUCAGCGGUUGCGUGCGACAGCGUAAUGAACUUAAUGUAACUUUUGAGUUCCCAGGAAUUUUCAGCUCCAAACUUCAACAUAUGUUCCAGCUGACUGUUGGUAUGAAACAAUGGCUGCUGUAGUAUUACGAAAAUGUAAAUAAUGAGGUUUAUGAACAGACUUAAAAAAAUAACUGAGUGAUACAUACUUACAUACAUGCAAAUUAUAUCACUGUCUAUUGAUUCUAUAAUUACCAGUAAAUUAAUUAGAAUGUGAAAAGAAUAUAUUUCUAAAAAUCCCAAAGUACUGGGUAUUUUAUAAUUGUCUUCAUUGCUACUAAACACCACUGAAUUCCUUUGCUAAAACUUCUGGUUCACAUGUUUUCGGUAUCAACUAUAUUUUCUUUGUUAGUGUGUGCGUGCCUGUCUGUGCGUAUGCGUAUGCUUAUAUGCCACUGACCUUGGAAGGUUUUUAAUGCAAGCGUUCUUGUUCCUUAAUCUAUAUCUUAUGUUCCUAAACAGAAGGUUUUUUUAUGCACAUAUUGAACUGGGUGGCAACGCCAGUGUCCUUUGCAAGUGGCAACCAGCUAGGCUUCCAACACGCACUCUCAGUCUCGGUCUCCAAUUCAGGGAAAGGACAUCAGAGAAAGUUCGUCCGCUUUUUCAGAGACUGCCCUUCCAAGGAGCCAUGGCCGACAUUGAGCUGGCUCCCCUCCCAGCGCCGAACGGGAACGAUCUCUCGCCUCCCGCUGCCUCUCAUGACGAAGCCGCGCGAGACGAUGACGAUGACGACGAGCGCAAGUCCUGGUCGUCGCCCCUCGACCAUUUGGGGAUCCUGCUGUGCUUCGUCGGGGGAAUCGGACAAGUCCUUCGAUUUCCACAUUAUUAUUACGCUAAUGGAGGAGGAGCUUUCCUUCUCGUUUAUCUCCUCUUGCUGGGUCUCUUCGGGAUUCCUCUCAUGCUGCUGGAGUCCUUCGUAGGGCAGUUCAGCUCCUCCAACAGCAUAGGAGCGUAUUCUUCCUACCCUGCAUUCAAAGGCAUUGGAAUAGCGAACUGCAUAGUGUUGAUACUGAUCUGCCCCUGUUUCACUGUGUCCAUCGGCUUCUCUCUCCUCUACCUGGUGUAUUCCUUUACUUACAUAGACAAGUGGGGGGUCUGUGGUAACUAUUGGAAUAGUUACUCAUGUGUGGAUAUGGGGAACUACAAUGAAUCUGACUAUUACGCGACUGUUCCAGCAAUGGAAUUCUACCAACACGUCAUUCUGAACGUGCCUGAAGGAGGCUUCUCGUGGUCUCAGAGCCUGGCCGUCCUCCUGGUGUGGAUUAUCGCCUUCUGCGCCCUCUUCGGCGGGGUCAAAGUCCUCGGGAAGGUGAUGUGGGUUACUGCUGGAACGUCGCUUCUGUUACUGAUCGCGUUGUUCUUCCGUGGUGUCACGCUGCCCGGGGCGAGGGAAGGCCUUAAAUUCCUGGUCUACUUUGAUGUUUACUCUCUGAUAAGCUAUAAUACCUGGAACUCUGCAUCCUCACACGUCCUGUACACAUACACGCUUGGCUUCGGCAUCUACACGACGCUGGGUUCCUUUAGCAAAUUCCGCCACAGUGUCGUAAGAGACGUCUUGGCGGUGGCUGCGGCUUCGCUUCUGAUGGAAAUAUUCUCGGCAAUAACAGUCUGGUCCAUCAUUGGAUUUCUAAUGCAUAAUUCGGGGAUGCCAGUGUACGAGGCAGCAAGUUCAGGGGGUGGUUCCCUGAGCUACGGAACUCUGCCCCAAGCGUUCUCUAUGAUGUCUCAGCCCACGUUCUGGUCCACCUUGUUCUCUCUGACAAUGUUUCUCCUCUCUAUAUCCACGUUUAUCGUGUUCAUCCAUGUGUUGGUGGAGCUCGUCUCAACUGCCUUCCGCCGGAGGUGCCAGAAGCAGUGGCUGUUGGUUCUUGUAGUGUGCCUCCUCGGCUUCCUUUUCUCCCUCGUGUAUUGCUCCUCGGUUGGAAACAGCUGGUUGUCCUUCGUUGACAAUUUCGCUACCAUCCUCACGCCCCUUGUAGUCUGUGGCCUGGAGGUUAUCAUCUUUGUUUACCUUUAUGGUGCGGGCUAUCUUGCGAGGGAUGUGGAGAUGCUGAGCAACAGUUUUGUGUCCUAUUACUGUUACUUCACCUGGAGUGCUACUGUGCCUCUGUUCCUGCUGAUGAUUUUUAUCAGCAAUCUGCUCGGCCUCAUUAGUAUAAGCGAAUACUUCGGCUUCCAAGGAGCAGUGUAUUUGUUUGCCAUCUCGUCUGCGCUGGCCAUCCCUAUCUACAGUCUCUUCUACGUUUUCCGUGACGACUGUUGCAAGAAAUUGAAGUGGAAGGUGACGCCGUGGGGACCAAAAAGGCCGAGCGAUAGGACAGCUUGGGAGCGCUUCUGCAAUGAGCGUCCUGUCCGCCGCAGCCUCGUCCAUCGAAGGUUCUAGGAGAUGACCCUCACCCGCAGACCAUUCGAGAAAAGGAUCCUUGUCCGUUGAACCCUCUGGAAGAUGAGGCUCAUGUCCCGAAAUUUCUAAAGGGUGAGCCCACUCAUGUCAAAAAUGAAUAUUAUAGUUAAAUAAAGAUAUUUUACACCGUG